GAUUUGUGGGUGUGAGGGUGGGCAAGACUCCAGCUCUGGAGCCGAAUCAGUGCCUUCCCCUGGAGCAGCAGGGACCAAACUGAUCUCUGUGCUGUGAUCCACCAUGUGGCUCUGUGCUCUGGUCGUGACUUCUCUUGCUGCUUGUCCAGCUUGGGGGCACCAGGCCUCACCACCCGUGGUGAACACUGUGCAAGGUAAAGUCCUGGGGAAGUACGUCAGCUUACAGGGGUUUGCACAGCCUGUGGCUGUCUUCCUGGGAGUCCCGUUUGCCAAGCCCCCUCUGGGAUCCCUGAGGUUUGCUCCACCGCAGCCUGCAGAGCCAUGGAGCUUCGUGAAGAACACCACCUCCUACCCUCCUAUGUGCUCCCAGGAUGCAGUGGGGGGACAGGUGCUCUCGGAACUCUUCACCAACAGGAAGGAGAGCAUUCCUCUCAGGUUUUCUGAGGACUGUCUGUACCUAAAUAUUUAUACUCCUGCCGACUUGACGAAGAACAGCAGGCUGCCGGUGAUGGUGUGGAUCCACGGAGGUGGACUGUUGAUUGGUGGGGCAUCGACCUAUGAUGGACUGGCCCUCUCUGCCCAUGAGAACGUGGUGGUGGUGACCAUUCAGUACCGCCUGGGCAUCUUGGGGUUCUUCAGCACAGGGGAUGAACACAGCCGCGGGAACUGGGGCCACUUGGACCAGGUGGCCGCACUGCAUUGGGUCCAAGACAACAUUGCCAAAUUCGGAGGAAACCCAGGCUCUGUGACCAUCUUUGGAGAAUCAGCAGGAGGUGAAAGUGUCUCUGUUCUUGUGUUAUCUCCACUGGCCAAGAAUCUCUUCCACAGGGCCAUUUCUGAGAGUGGUGUGGCCCUCAUGUCUGCUCUGCUUAAGACUGAGAACAUCAGGCCUAUGGCUGAGAGAAUUGCCAUCACGGCAGGGUGCAAAACCACCACGUCGGCCACCAUGGUUCACUGUCUGCGCCAGAAGACAGAGGACGAGCUCUUGGAGGUCACACUGAAACUGAACCUGUUUAAGCUUGAUUUUCUUGGAGACCCCAGAGAGAGUAAUACCUUCCUGCCCACUGUUGUUGAUGGAGUGCUGCUGCCCAAGACACCUGAAGCCAUCCUAGCAGAGAAGAGUUUCAACACUGUGCCCUUCAUCGUGGGAAUCAACAAACAAGAGUUUGGCUGGAUCAUUCCCAUGUUUAUGGGCUAUCCACUGGAAGGCGAAAUGGACAAGAAGAAGGUAUCAUCACUGCUGUGGCAAUCUUACUCUAUGCUGGAACUUUCUGAAGAUCUUAUUUCUGCAGCCAUUGAGAAGUAUUUGGGAGGAACAAAUGAUCCUGCCAAAAUGAAAGAUCUACUACUGGACUUGAUAGCAGAUGUGGUGUUUGGAGUUCCAGCUGUGAUGAUAUCUCGGAGCCACAGAGAUGCUGGAGCCCCCACCUACAUGUACGAGUUUCAGAAUCGCCCGAACUUCUCAUCAGAUAUGAGACCCAAGACGGUGGUAGCAGACCAUGGGGAUGAGCUGUUCUCAGUGUUUGGGGCUCCAUUUUUUAAAGAGGGGGCCACAGAAGAGGAGAUCAACCUCAGUAAGAUGGUGAUGAAGUUCUGGGCCAACUUUGCUCGAACUGGGAACCCCAAUGGGAAGGGGCUGCCCCACUGGCCAGAGUUUGACCGGAAGGAAGGUUACCUGCAGAUUGGUACUUCCACCCAGGCAGCCCAGGGGCUGAAAGACAAGGAAGAGGCUUUCUGGACCCAGCUCAGAACCAGGGAGGCAGCAAAGAGGCUACGCCAUGGAGAUCACACCGAGCUGUGAACAAGAGGCCCAGUCCUCCUGAGGAGACUGGAGCGGCCAAUGCAGGCACCUUCGAUGGAAGAGGCGUCUUACUGUGGAAGCUGAGAGUUGUGUGGUGGGGGUGGGCAGAGGCCACAGGCCUGAUAGUAGUGCCCACGCCCCAAUUUGUUACAUAAAUGUUCUUCUGGAGACCA